AUGUCUGAAUAUCCUACAAUCAAAUUCUUUAGUCAUUUGCACUCGACUUUAAAUGGAAAUGGUAAAGAUACAAUUCGAAAAAAUCAAAACCUUAAAACGAACUCCGAUUUGAGUAUCAAUUCACAAAACAAUCAUAGUUGGGUGAAGAAAGCUAGUGUGAAAUUUUCAAAUUUUAAAAUAAAUAAACCAGAAAGUAUAGUCAAGAAAGAAAAUGAUGAAAUAAUUGAUGAAAAAAAUGAAAUAAAUAUCAAUUCAAAUUCAGUCAAUACAUUUGAUAACAUGACCAAUACUCCAUUACCACAACAAGAAUAUAUUUCAGAUAAAGAUUUUCCUCAUGGAAAACUAAUUUCAAGAAUGGAAGAGAUUAUUAAAACAAAUAAGACAUAUCUUAAUGAUUGUAAAGAAUUAAAUCGUUCAUAUUUAUCAAUAUUUGAAUUACCUGAAUGUGAAUCACCAAUUCCAUUUAUUAUAGUAAAAGAAUGUUUACUUAAAUUAAUUGAAAUUCAUGAUGAAUUAAACAAACAAUUUGAAGAAAUUGAAAAACAUACUUCAAAUGGUGUGAUAUCAAAUAUAGAAAAAAUAAUGACAUCAAUUGCUAAAGAAGGAUUAAAUGUUUUUUAUUAUUUAAAUUAUUGUUCAAAUUCAACUGCAAUACAUGAAUUAAAUGAAUGUUUUAAAACUGAUGAUGAAGAUGAACUAGAUCCUGAUUUAGAAAUAAGUAAUGGAACUAUUAAAAAAAAAUUUAAAGUGGAAGAUCAAUUUCAAUUUAAACUUUCCAUUUUUAAACAUCAACAAGGUAUACAGAAUGUUUUAAAUAGUGAAAAUACAGGUGAAUUUAAAAGAAAUUUACUGUUUCAAGCUUUACAUCAUAAUGGUAUUAUGAAAAUAUUUCAAUACAAGAAUUUUGCAUGUAAUUCUAUAAAAGACAUGAGAGAUCUUGAAAAGAAAACAAUAAAUUUAGAAAAAGUAUUAAAAGAAAUUAAUAAUAAAAUUUCAAUUAUAAAUAAAGAAAAUGAUUCAAAUUCAAUAAAUUCAAAAUUAAAUGAAAUUAUAGAUUUUAGUAAUUAUUUAAAUAUAAAUCAUAAAUAUUUUAAUUUUAAAAAAUUACAUUAUAAAUUUAAUCAAUUAAUUAGUGAAUUUUUUGGAAAACCUUUGUUCAUUGGAUCAGGAUUCGUGAUAUAUAUAAAAGAAAAUAAACCAGUUUUAAAACAUUCAAUUAUUAUAUUAUUCAAAUGUCAUUUAAUUAUUUUAGGAUAUGUUGAACCAUUAAAACGAACAUGUCGUUAUAAAAAAUUUAAACCAAAAUUUAUAAUUCCAUUAGUUAAGUGUUCUAUAAUUUAUGAAAAAUCUGAUACAAAUGGGAUUCAAUUUAAUUUUAAUAAUGGAAUUAAAUUAAGAUUUGCUAUACAAUCAAUACAAUUUGAAAUUAUUUUAGGAUUUUUGACAUUAGAAGAUUACAAUGAAUGGUAUGAAAAACUUGAUUUGUUAAUAAAUCAUGUCCAUAACGGUAAUUAUAUUGAUAAGGUAAAUGAUGGAUUCGUCUAUUUGAAUCAAGUACCGAAAAAUAUAAGUGCUUUUGAAAUAAUUGGCUCAAAUAAAUCGUUACAAUUACCGUUAGAAUGUUGUUAUAAGAUGUCUCAAUUUAAAGUCAACUUAAAAUAUUUUGGGGGUAGAUUCAAUAAUCAUGAACAUAGUGAAUAUGUCGAUAAAGAUAAAAGUUUCUAUAACUUAUAUCUAAUGAGUACUUAUAUUUCAAGAGAUCACAAAAGGUUUAAACUGAUUCAAGAGUUAAUUAAUCUUAAUAAUUCAAAUGAUACAUCUGAUACAACUGAACCUAAAAAUGGAGAUACCUCUGAAGACAAGGAUUAUACUUAUAAUGGUAAAGAGAAUCCGAACUUUAAUACAAUCUGA